AUGGCGUCUCCCAGGGGCGGCGGCUGGACGGGCCCGGCGCAGCGCCCGCGGCGGCAACAGCAGCGCCCGCCGCCCCCGCCGCCGCCGCCGCCCUCCGGGGUUGUGGCCCCCGCCAGUGCCGAGGGAGCGGAGGCCGGGGCCGAGGCGGAGUCCCGGGCCGAGGGCCUGUACGUGGCGGUGGAGCGCUGCCCCCUCUGCAACACCACGCGGCGCCGCCUCACCUGCGCCAAGUGCGUCCGCGGGGGGGACUUCGUCUUCUUCGACGGCCGGGACUCGGAGCGGUGGGUGCCUCGGAGGAGGAGGGCGGCCAGGCCCUUCCCCUCCCUCCUCUUCCCCUUCCCUUCCCCGGGGUCUCUGGGCCCCUUGGCUGCGCUUCUCCUGAGGGGGCUCCCCAAGCGGGAAAUUCGGCAGCCCCCCUUUCACCUCAGCCUCCCGGGGGGGAGUUUAUCCAGGAUAAAGAAAGUGUAUACAGUGGUACCUCGGGUUACAGACUCUUCAGGUUACAGACUCCGGUCACCCAGAUAUAGUACCUCGGGUUAAGAACUUUGCUUCAGGAUGAGAACAGAAAUCGUGCUCCGGCGGCAACAGGAGGCCCCAUUAGUUAAAGUGCUUCAGGUUAAGAACAGUUUCAGGUUAAGAAUGGACCUCCAGAACGAAGUAAGUACUUAACCCGAGGUACCACUGUAUAAGUGGCUCCGGCUCUCUGCACAUGCUCAAAGGCACUCCCGCGGCUCGGUGCCGACAGGCGGAUGCUGCCCCUUGAGGUUGAGGGCUGAGACCCGGUAAUAGACCUUGCCAGCCACUCAGGGUGCAAAGGGUUGGUGUGUUAACAAGGAGGCUGGUAGUUCCAGCCCACCCAGGGAUGCUGUGGGCAGGAUACCGACAUUCCAGUUGGUUGGACUUGUCGACCCUUAGGGUCCCUUCCAGCUCUGUGAUUUAUGAGUCCAAGACUCCUGUCUGUAAACUUGUCAUUGUGUAUUAAAUUUUGUUGGUUGCUUUCUUGUGCCCAGGGCAACUUACAGCUUACCUGUGGUGGGACAGUGUACCUGUGGGCAUCUGUUGGUGGGAGCGGGGGCAAACACUGGGGGGAUGGUCCAUGGUCUUCAUGACCAGCUUAGGGGCUUCUGAAAGGGAUCUGGCUUGCCCCGGUGUGAAACAGGAUGCACUCAGUCAAAUCCAGCGGUACUGUUCUUAUGUUGCUAGCACUGAAGGAAACCCAGCCUGGUCUGGCAGCAUAAAGUCAUCUUCAGGCUGGUGGUAUUGUUUCCCGAUUCUUCUAGGUGUACUUGCCCAGGUGUUGGAUUCCUCCAGUGCUGUAACAGGGACAUACGGCUCUUUACAUGACCCUGGGUGACCGUACACAUUUGUUAAUUUAAGCAAGCUGUCAGGUUGAGUAUUGAACCUUUCUGUUCUAAAUGGUAGGAACAGUAGCUGACUUUCUGCCUUGCAUCUGAAGCAAGAUGCAAGAGCAGAUGUUGUAUUGUAGAAUUCGAGGGUUUUUUGUAAGCUUUAUAGUCCCAACACCCUCCUUGAUAGGCCAUAGUAGAUAAGUGGAAGAGCAUCUGCUUUGCAUGCAGAAGGUCCCAGGAUAAAAUCCUUGGCAUUUUCAGGUAGGGCUGGGAAAGACUCGCGCCUAAAGACAUGUAAUGAUGGCACUAGGUGAGCUUCUUUGGGAGAGCAUUCCACAAACAGGGACACCACAGAAAAGACCUGUUCUCAUGUUGUUGCCCUCUGAACCUCUUGAGAAGGGGGCGGGCGACAUAGAGAAGGGCCCUGGGUGAGGUCCUGAGCCAUUUAAGGCUUUAUAGGUCAGCACCAGCACUUUGAUUAGGACUCAGAAACUAAUUGGCAGCCAGUGCAUUCAGGCCAGGAUCGGUGUUAUAUGCUCAGCUCCUCUUGGUGAGCAACCUGGCCGUUGAAUUUUGCACCAGCUGAAGUUUCUGAGCCGUCUUCAGAGGCAGCCCCACAUUUAACACCUUGCAGUAAUCUAACCUAGAGGUUACCAGAGCAUAGGCCACAGAAGUUGGGCUAUCUGUGUCCAGAUAGGGGACCAGCUGGGCCAGCAGCCAAGGGUGACAGAAAGCACUCUCUGCCACCGAGACCACCGGGGUUUGAAGCGGCAGCAGUGGAUUCAGGAGCACCCCAAGUUAUGUACCUGUUCCUUUAGAGAGAUAGAGUGUGUGUAUGAUUAAAAUAAAUCAUAUUUAUGAUUUCACACAUGUCAUGGGUGAAUUACAGUUUUUGUAAACAGGAAGAAGUCGCAAGAGCGAAAUAUUACAUAGCAUAGCUGUCGUAACUCCCGCUUCUCAACUCUUAACUUCACAGAAGUUUGAGUCACUUGGAUCUCAAUAGGAUUUAUAUUUCCUCAUUGUUAGUCUGCUCCUGAAUUAUACUUCAUGCUGAAAUGCAGUGUUUGUUUCAGGAAACGUUCUUCCAACACUUUGUUUGUUAAGAAGUUAGAGCUUGGUUAACAUUUAAUUGUCGGUGAUGAGUCACGGUUUGGCAGGAAGUCCUGCCGUUAAUAAAAACAAAGGCAGCCUGCUCCCCUUGUUUUGUGCAGGGUGUUUUGAGUAUUGUGUCAUAGUUUUGAGAAGUACAGUGGUACCUCGGGUUAAGAACUUAAUUCAUUUUGGAGGUCCGAUCUUAACCUGAAACUGUUCUUAACCUGAGGUACCACUUUAGCUAAUGGGGCCUCCCACUGCCACUGCCACACAAUUUCUGUUCUCAUCCUGAAGCAAAGUUCUUAACCCGAGGUACUAUUUCUGGGUUAGCGGAGUCUGUAACCUGAAACGUUUGUAACCCGAGGUACCACUGUACAUUGUGGGGGGUGGAAAUACUUAUUUCCAGGAGCUAGCAAAAAUAGCGUAACAUAAUAGCCAAAGCAGUCUUUGCCAAUCUGGUGCCCUUCAGAACAGAUUUUGGCUACAGACUGUGGUUUUCUUGAGGAUGAAACAAAUCACAUUUCCUGUUUCAAUUUCAGAUUUAAAUUUAAGCCAGGGAUUGUGACUUGUUUCUGCCUGGCAUGAGAAGCAGUAGAAUGGGUUGUUAGUAGUGGAAGAUUUCUUUUUUUAAAAAAGAAAUGAAUUUCAAUAAGUGUUUUGUGUUUCUUACUUUGCAUUUACAAUGGUACCUCGGGUUACAGACGCUUCAGGUUACAGGAAUUGGGAUAGGGAAAUUGUAGGAAUUUGGGACCUUCUUCCCAAGAAUGAGCAGAAAUUACUGUUGAUGAAAACACAAUACCACUUAAUAAAUUUAAAUACAGUAUACCAAUGUUAUAAAGAAACAGAAGGGAAGAAGGGUUCAAAAUCGUUUAACCAAUAGUUGUCAUCAGUAUACCUUCGAGUGCACAUCUCUUUCCAAAUGAUUAUAUGUGGGAGGUCACAAGUGGCCUGACCGCAGUCUUGUGGUGUUACUAUUUUUGCCACAAUCCCAUGGGUAGUGCAUUGAAUGAUACAGCACGUGGUUGCAUAUUCCCAAUCUCUUAUUCUGCUCAAGAACAUGAGGACUAUCUGGCAGGUUCAGGCCACGGUCAGCCUUGAGGUGACCUAUCAGAAGUUGGCUGGCAGUCUUCCAGUGAAACAUAAGCUGCCCCUCAUCAAACUCCUGGUCUAAGUUAAGCCAAACAGCUGUGCCCAAAACGCUCUAUAAACAGUGUUAGAAACUCAGAUAUAUAAGCUAAUCACAAAAUGGCACCUUAAACCAUGGCUAUGGUCGCCACAACAGAAUAUCUAGGUGCCCUUUUUAUUAUUAUUACUACUACUAUUCUUUUCAUUUCUAUACCGCUUUACAACACAUUAAAACAUCUAAUAAAACAAUCCAGAAUAAAAGAAAUUCAAGCAUCAAGGAAAAUAUUUCAGAUCCUUCUCUAAGUGACAUUUUGCUUUCCUCGUAUUUAUUUACCUACUUAAUAUAUAUAGCUGUUGCAUAGUGGAAGUACUGUAGGAAGCCAGGGUGGUAUAGUGCUUGGACUAGGACCUGGGAGAUCAGGGUUCAAAUCCCCACUCGGCCAUGAAGCUCACUGGGUGACCUUGGAGUCAGUUGCAACCUCCUAACCUACCUCGCAGGGUCGUUGUUGGGGUUAACUGAGGAGGAGGGUGAACUAUGUACUCCUUGGAGAAAAAGGUGGGAGACCAGCACAACAAAUAAGCUCUUUUGCUUACCUGCUUAAGAAAGCUGGAGUGUUCAGCCAGAUGGAGAUGUCAGUCGCAGAAGGUGCCAUCCAGAGAUCUCCGCGUGGUCGCAAGUGGACCCGUGCCAGUCGCAAAAUGUGCCUGGCACCUGGGGGUUUCCUAACACUGAUUAAAAUGUCUGACAUUGUUGCAUCCAUCUUUUUACUCCUUCAGUUGAUGAGGUUGGUGCUCUGCUGUUGCUAAGGUAUAUGGUAAAGGGUAAAGGGACCCCUGACCAUUAGGUCCAGUCGUGGCCGACUCUGGGGUUGCGGCGCUCAUCUCGCUUUAUUGGGCGAGGGAGCCGGCGUACAGCUUCUGGGUCAUGUGGCCAGCAUGACUGAGCCGCUUCUGGCAAACCAGAGCAGUGCACAGAAAAACUGUUUACCUUCCCGCCGGAGUGGUACCUAUUUAUCUACUUGCACUUUGAUGCACUUUUGAACUGCUAGGUGGGCAGGAGCAGGGACCGAGCAACAGGAGCUCACCCAGUCGCAGGGAUUCGAACCACCAACCUUCUGAUCAGCAAGCCCUAGGCUCUGUGGUUUAACCCACAGCGCCACACAAGUCCCUUAGGUAUAUAAAGCUAAGUUAUAUAAAGCACCUAAAUUUCAAAGUGCUGUAUGGAGAUUUAAAAAACAAACACAUAGGCUGAGCCAUCAAACAGCAGACCUUCACCUUCCACAACUUUGAACUUCUUUCUUUUCCAGGUUUUCUGAAAAGAAGGAGAGAUUGAAGCACCUUAGAAACAAGCAGCACGAAUUCCAGUCCCAGUAAGUCCCAGUUCAGUUUCUUUUACCUACUUUGGUUGGCUUAAAGCACAGGCAGAUCGUCUUUCGAACCUCUGAUGUUUGCUGAAAGCGUGGUUCUGGUUGCCAGCUAAUCUUCUGCUCCUUCCGCUCCCCUCUUCUUGUAGGUUGUUAAAAGCUAUGGAGGGGAAAUGGAUAACUGACCAGCUGGUGAGUCCUAUGGAAGUUUUCCAGUUCACAUUGAAGCGCAGUGGCCACUUUUCAGUGUAGACCCACGCUGUUUUCUUCACAUGAGAAGGAACCGCAUAUUAGCCCUGUCCUUGUGGGUCUCUUGUGUAUGCAUACUCGGGGGGGUGUGGGGUUGUACCAUGGGGCACCAGCUUCAGUCCAGUAAUAAUAUUUUGCAUUUGUAUAACAUUUCCUCCCCCCCCCCCCCAAGUUUUCGAAAGCCAUGCAACAACCCUGUAAGGUUGAUCCCUAAACCUCAGCUCCCUUUUGGGCAUUUAAUGAUGAUUUCAGAGAAGGAUAAACACAAAGCUAUUACAGAGCACAGUGUCCUGUAAUUGUCGAGUUGAAAGGGACCACGAGGGUCAUUUAGUCCAACCCCCUGCAGUGCAGGAAUCUUUCUGCCCAACUUGGGGCUUGAACCCGUGGCCCUGAGUUUAAGAGGCUCAUGCUCUACCAGUUGCCAAAGUAAACCUACGUUUUAAAAGGGGAGAUUGGAUACCCUUAAAUUCGCAGGAUGUCUUGUACCUGUUGAGUUUAGCAAAGGAAAGUUGCUUUUAUCCUAUGCUUCCACCAGUGCAAUGUAGCGUUUAGAGUGUAGGACUAGGACCCGAGAAACCUGAGUUCAAAUCCCGACUCAGCCAAGAAGCCUAAUUGGGUGACCUUGGGCCAGUCAAACUUGCUCCCAGCUUAACCUACCUCUCAGGGCUGAUUCAAGGAGAAAGCAGGAACUGGAAGAGGACAAUGUGCAAUGGUUUGAGUUCAUUGGAAGAAAGACAGAACUUAAUUACAGCUACUUUGGCUGGAAUUUCUUUUUUAUUCUGAAGGUGUAAAAGUAUCUGUCUGUUCUAGCCUCCAUCCAGUCUUUCUGUUUCCAAGGCAAUGCCCAAAUAGCUGGCAGAUAAGCAAGACCUAUAACUUUUUUGCCGAAGGCGAAUUUGGUUGAGAAAAUAGAUGUAUCUGUUGUCUCACUUGCCCCUAAAAUAAUAACGCCUUUGGGGAAAGCAAAAAGUGCUGUUCUUGCGCUGAAUUACCACACUCAGCCAGCCCCAGGAUUACUCUGGGCCACAGUAAUUUAAUGUUUAUACCUAGUGAGGGGCUCAAGAAGCCUCUUGAUUGAAAACAUUGCAGUGUGCAGUUCAGGGGAUAAUAAAUAGCCCUAUCAUAGGUGCUGUUCCUUUGGGCCCUGAAACAAAACUGAUUGGUUGAUUAAGGCUGUUGAGGUGGUGGAUUUGGGGGCAGCUCCUCUACUUGCUCUGUUUCUUUCAGAGGUGGAAAAUAAUGUCCUGCAAAAUGAGGGUUGAGCAGCUGAAGCAAACGAUCUGCAAGGAAAACGAAGAAAUGGCACGAAGUAAGUGAUGCUCGUGCUGAGAGCCAGCGUGAUGUAGUUGUUAGGAGCGGCGGACUCGUAAUCUGGUGAACCGGGUUCGCUUCCCCACUCCUCCACAUGCAGCUGCUGGGUGACCUUGGGCCAGUCACACUUCUCUCUGAAGUCUCCCAGCCUCACUCACCUCACAGAGUGUUUGUUGUGGCGGAGGAAGGGAAAGGAAAUUGUUGGCCGCUUUGAGACUCCUUAAGGGGAGUGAAAGGUAGGAUAUCAAGUCCAAACUCCUCCCCUCCUCUUCUUCCUCAGUAAAAGCGUUGGCAGACUCUAUCUGGGACACUCCUGUUCCCAUAGCUGAAGAGUUUUGCAAAGCAUGCUAUGUGACCUUAACAUUCCCCAGAAGCGUAUCUGGGCUUCUUCUAUGAUAAGAUCAGUAACGGCAGGCAACAUCCCCAAAAGAAAGUUUGGCCUUUGUUUGUCAGUCUUCAACUGUAAUCCUCAGUAGAGGAAUAGCAUUGGGCGCGUUUGAGGGGGCCCUUUCAGUUGGCAUAAAGUGGUUCAAGCAACCCAGAGCAGUGGGUCCCCAGCUGUUGUUGGACUGCAACUCCCAUCAUCCCUAGCUAGCAGGACCAGUGGUCAGGGAUGAUGGGAGUUGUAGUCCAGCAACAGCUGGGAAAGCAAGUUGGGGAAACAACUGCUAGAGCAAUGUAACUCACUCUCUUUUAUUAAUCACAAGUUAACAGCUGGGGAAAAAACAAGUUGAAUAAUAAUAAUAAUAAUAAUAAUAAUAAUUUAUUAUUUAUACCCCGCCCAUCUGUCUGGGCUUCCCCAGCCACUCUGGGCAGCUUCCAAAAAAAUAUUAAAAUACAUCAAGUAUUAAAAGCUUCCCUAAACAGGGCUGCCUUCAGAUGUCUUCUAAAAGUCAGAUAGUUCUUUAUUUCCUUGACAUCUGGUGGGAGGGCGUUCCACAGGAUGGGAGCCACCACCGAGAAGGCCCUCUGCCUGGUUCUGUGUAACUUGGCUUCCCUGUAACUUGAAGCUAAAAAUCAAAGCUAUUGCCUAGGACUGGCCGUCUCUGAUCGAAAGAAUGAGCUGGUUGCAGCACCAGUAUGAAGAAACGACAGUUCCACCCCGAAAGCUCACCGUUGCCUUUGCUCUGCCCCAGACUCCGAGUGGCUUCUCCGAAUUAAGGACGAGAACCAGAAGCUGUACCGCAGGGCCCAGCGGCAUCAGGAGAAGAAGGAGAAGAUCCAGAGGCACAACCGCAAGCUGGGAGAGCUGGUGGAGAAAAGGAACUACGAUCUGAGGAGCCAGCACGAGCACCUUGCAGGCCUCCGGCGCUCGCAUGUCCUGGAACUCACCUCCGUCAUCUUCCCUAUCGAGGAGGUGAAGAUUGGCAUGAGGUAGGGAAGGAAGGAAGGGGCAGCUGCCGAGCCAGUGCGGUGAGCUGCCCGCUUGGGUGGCAGUGCUCACUUCCUCAGUCUGCAAGGUGCAGCAGGCGAGAGGGAUACGUGUGCUCUUUUGUGGGGUUUAGUAGUAAUAAUAAUUUUGUAAUUUAUAUCCAUGCUCAUCUGGCUGCAAAGCUGUGGGUAGGGAACCUGGUGGCAACUGGAAGGUCAUGGGAAUGUGGGGACAAGGGGUUGUGUUGAAAUGGUCCUUACCCCCUCCUGAUGUCACCCAGUAUGUACCCAAACCAGAAUCAUAUUUACUUGGGUGAAAGUCCCUUUGAGCCGCAGUGGGAGAUACAGCUUCAUUUUUAAGAAGUUACUACAUUUUUAUCUUAGGAUCAAAGAAUUCUGACUGGGCAAGCCAGAUAGAUGGGCUGCAUACAGACAAUAAUAUUAUUACACUCGUACCCCAGCUCCCAAACGCCUUGGGAGUUGAAUGUGUUGAAAAUUGCAGAGUGUACGCAGACUUUCUGGAAACGUUUGUUUGCAAACUGGCAGGAUGAUCAGGAACAAAAAAUACUGGUUUCUUAGAGAUUUAUUAUGUACAACAGCAGACUCACAAGUUACUAUAUACGAGUUACAGAUACAGAUCUUAACUCUCUCAACAAAACUUCAACUCACUCCAAGACUCUCCUACACACAGAGAGAAGUCAUGGGUCAUUCUGCUUAAAUGGGCGACCUCAUCCAAUAGCAGAGCUGGAGCCAAGGCUCCCAUAUCUCCAGGCAGAAACUCCCCCUGCUCAGUCUCCCUGGCCUUCGGCCAACUUACUAAUUACUCACUCUGCCAAGCUGCACAGAAGCACGUAGGCAAUGUCCCAACAGAACGUUCCGGCUCCCAAACGAUCAAAAACCGGAAGUGAGUGUUCCGGUUUUCGAACAGCUUUUUGGAAGCCGAACGUCCGGUGCGGCUUCCGCUAUUGUUUCCGGCACGCCUGCACAAACAUAAAGCAAUCAGAAGCUACGCCUUGGUUUCGGAAGUCAAAUGGGCUUCCCGAACGGAUUCCAUUCGACUUCCGAGUUACGACUGUAUUAUAAUAAUAAAGAAUUGUAGAGUUGGAAAGGACCACAAGGGCUUCCUAGUCUAACUCCCUGCAGUGCAAGAAUCUGUUUGUUCAAUGCGGGGCUUGAGUCCCAUGCUCUGCCGACUGAGCUAUCCCAUAUAGGCUUAUCCUGCUCAAGGGGACAUGCGUGGUUCUUAAUUUUCCUCCGUUUUACCCUGCGUGGUCUAAAGGGUGGCUUCUAGGUAGCUGGUUCGGGAUAAUUAUUUUGCUUAGGGUUGCAGCCUCAACACCUGUUUGUCUUACGCCUGUUUUCAGCUUUUCUUUGACAGAAGCUAAUUCCUUAAAUGUUCAAUUUUAAGCACUUUCUGCUUCCAUUGAUACCUAAGGGAGAUGAUGUUAGCAUGGAUUUAUUUUUGCACUGAAAGCAGUGUGCUUCAUUUUAGCCACAAUGUUUUCUUUUCCCGCUUUUUAGAGUAAAAGCUGGAGUCCUGGGACGAUGUCCCAAGGAGUUAAUUUAUUUCCGUAUUUUCUGCCCAGUUUGAGCCCCUUGAGCACAGUUUGCCCCAGUUCACGGAGGGGACACCAGUAGCAGCUGCUAGUGGGGGUGGCUUUAUCCUUCCUUAAAAGGUAAAGGGAUCCCUGACCACUAGGUCCAGUCAUAGCCGACUCUGGGGUUGCGGUGCUCAUCUUGCUUUAUUGGCCGAGGGAGCCGACGUACAGCUUCCGGGUCAUGUGGCCAGCAUGACUAAGCCGCUUCUGGCGAACCAGAGCAGCGCAUGGAAACGCUGUUUACCUUCCCGCUAGAGCGGUACCUAUUUAUCUUCUUGCACUUUGACGUGCUUUCGAACUGCUAGGUUGGCAAGAGCAGAGACCGAGCAACGGGGAUUCAGACCGCCAACCUUCUGAUCGGCAAGCCCUAGGCUCUGUGGUUUAACCCACAUCGCCACCCACGUCCCUAUAUCCUUCCUUAGAGACCGCCAUUCAGCCUCUUGCCUUUCUUCCAGGGACCCCGCAGACAUGUCGUCCGAGAGCGACAACGCCAUGACUUCUAGCACUGUGAGCAAGCUUGCGGAAGCCAGGAGGACCACCUACCUGUCCGGGCGAUGGGUGUGUGACGACCACAACGGAGACACCAGCAUAGGCAUCGCGGGGCCUUGGAUCACCCUUCCCAACAACGGAGAUUAUUCUGCUUACUACAACUGGGUGGAAGAGAAGAAGACCACUCAAGGGCCAGGUAAAAAAAAAUUCCACAGAGCCUCUGGCUGGGCUGAAGUUAAACUCACUGGGGGUAAGCCUCUGCUCAUUCCUUCACUCGGAUUAUGUGGUUAACAUCAAUGCAGAACACAGAGCUUGGACUGAAUUUAGGGAAGCCUGGGAGUGCGUCAGCAGGGCUGCCCCGUCGGUUGCGAUUCUGCAGCCACACAAAGCUGUGGAGCGCAGGUCCAGGCAGAGAAUUCAACUCCCUAAGAAUCUUGGCUUCCGUUCCUUUUCCUUUCUUUCCUGGUUGGAAAAAAAAAGGCAGAGCAAAUUUUUCAGCAGCAUGGUUGUCACAACAUGCCGGCAAAUCCCUCGCCUGCAGAACUCUCAGAAGCCGGAACGGCAGCAAAAAUGUCAGCUGGGGUUUGAGAUUUGUGACUCGGGGUUCAGAGAAGAUAAAUAACUUGUAUAAUUCAUACACCAUUUCGCAACACGGUUUUAAUUUUUGUUUGUGUCCUGUCCGUGGGUGGGUGGAAGCAAAAGUCCCAGGGGCCCUGAGAUAGAGCUGGGCAGAAUUCAGGGUUCACAUCACAGCCAUGGACAAAGUGAGUUGAAGUUAUGUACAGGUUAUGUGCUUCCCUGACAUCUCUACCCCUCCAUACAGUGAGUGGUACCUUGGUUCUCAAACUUAAUCCGUUCCGGAAGUUGGUUCCAAAACCAAAGCGUUCCAAAACCAAGACACGCUUUCCCAUAGAAAGUAAUGCAAAAUGGAUUAAUCCGUUUCAGACUUUUAAAAACAACCCCUAAAAAUGCAAUUUAACAUGAAUUUUACUAUCGGAUGAGACCAUAGACCCAUAAAAUGAAAGCAAUAAACAAUGUACUGCAGUCACACAAUCAAUCAGUAGCUGAAUUGGGUUCCACACAGUCACGAAAACAAAAAAAGCCACAAAAAUGCAAAAUAAAUAGCAAAACAGAUCUCAGCAUAACACUCAAAACAGAAGCGUGGCACUCAAAACGGAGCACGUUCGGCUUCCGAAAAAAGUUUGCAAACCAGAACACUUACUUCUGGGUUUGCAGUGUUUGGGUCCCAAGGCGUUUGAGAACCAAGGUACCACUGUAUUCGUUUAUUGCAUUCCUACCCUACCCUUUUCUCCCAAGGAGCUCAAGGCAGCCUACGUGGUUCUCCUCCUCCUCUCUAAUCCCCACAACACCCCUGCGAGCCAGGCUGAGCUGAGAGGCAGUUAUUGGCCCAAAAUUGAGCUUCAUGGCCAAGCGGUGAUUUGAACCCGGAUCUCCCAGGUCCUAGUUUGGCACCCUAACUAUUAUGCUGCACCGGGAUCUAAGGAUCCCUUCUUGAUGGGGCUGUUUCCUGGGGAGACAUAUAUAGUUGAUACUCCUGGGGGGGGGGGGAGCCCUUUUACAACCUACUGAUGGAGGGCCUGUUGUUGUUCUUUCCCUUCCAGACAUGGAGCAUAACAACCCUGCGUACACCAUCAGUGCUGCCCUGUGCUAUGCAACUCAGCUUGUCAACAUUUUGUCGCAUAUACUUGACGUUAACCUUCCCAAGAAGCUGUACAACAGGCAAGUUGUCUUGGAAUAACCCGGCGGGCGGCGCGAGGGGAGCAUCAUGUGUUUUGAACACCAGGUCUAUAAGUGCAUGAACCCCAGUUUACACUGUGGGAAUUUCUCCGCGUGCAACAUUUCGGAAAGACACCCUUUUCCGCAGGGUAGAUGCAAUGCAGCCGAACACCUGGACUCACUGUACAAUUGCACGUUGUAACAAUUGCAAGGGAUUAUAUGUGAAGCAAGGGACGCGGGUGGCGCUGUGGGUUAAACCACAGAGCCUAGGACUUGUCGAUCAGAAGGUUGGCAGUUCGAAUCCCCGCGACGGGGUGAGCUCCCGUUGCUCGGUCCCAGCGCCUGCCAACCUAGCAGUUCGAAAGCACGUCAAAGUGCAAGUAGAUAAAUAGGUGCCGCUCCAGCGGGAAGGUAAACGGCGUUUCCGUGCGCUGCUCUGGUUCGCCAGAAGCGGCUUAGUCAUGCUGGCCACAUGACCCGGAAGCUGUACGCCGGCUCCCUCGGCCAAUAAAGCGAGAUGAGCACCACAACCCCAGAGUCGGCCACGACUGGACCUAACGGUCAGGGGUCCCUUUACCUUUAUACGUGAAGCACUUUGAGCUCCCCAAGUAACACCGGAGAGGAAGCAAAAAAUGGAGAUAUUUGAGAGCGGCGUGGAUUUCACCUUUUCUUUGUGCAUUUGAUAAGUCUCCCACAGAAAACAGAAAGCCCCAAUAGCUGCUCCCGGGUUCGUCAUCUAGGUAUAGGGAGGGACCUCUUGUGCAGCAUUUCUCAAACUUGGGAUUCCAGCUGUUUUUGAACCACAGCUCCCAUCAUCUCUGACCACUGCUCCUGUUAGCUAGGGAUGAUGGGAGUUGUAGUCCAAAAAAACAGCUGGCCGCUCUGGUUUGGGAAACCCUGGUCAUGGGUCUCUGAUUAUUGAACAGGACCUACAGAGAGAGAGAGAGAGAGGUGAAUGCAUACGGGUUGGGUGGCAUGGCCUGCAGCUUUGACUUAACCCUUCCCCUCUCAAAGGGAUUCCUUCCAGAAUGCAGCAGCUAGACUGGUGACUGGGAGCAGCCGCCGAGACCACAUAACACCAGUCUUGAAAGACCUACACUGGCUCCCAGUACGUUUCCGAGCACAAUUCAAAGUGUUAGUGCUGACCUUUAAAGCCCUAAACGGCCUCGGUCCAGUAUACCUGAAGGAGCGUCUCCACCCCCAUCGUUCAGCCCGGACACUGAGGUCCAGCUGCAAGGGCCUUCUGGAGGUUCCCUCACUGCAAGAAGUGAGGUUACAGGGAACCAGGCAGAGGGCCUUCUCGGUGGUGGCGCCCGCCCUGUGGAACGUCCUCCCACCAGAUGUCAAAGAGAACAACAACUACCAGACUUUUAGAAGACAUCUGAAGGCAGCCCUGUUUAGGGAAACUUUUAAUGUUUAAUAGGUUAUUGUAUUUUAAUAUUCUGUUGGAAGCCUCCCAGAGUGGCUGGAGAAACCCAGCCAGAUGGGCGGGGUAUAAAUAAUAAAUCAUCAUCAUCAUCAUCAUUAUUAUUAUUAUUAUUAUUAUUAUUAUUAUUAUUAUUAUUUCUGCAUGGAAGAAGUGCCCGAACAGUUAGUUUUGCCUCCUUCCAGAAAUGGAAAUGAGCAAGAUGCACACUCUUCCCUUUCCUGUCAGCUGGCCGAAUAAAAGCCAUCGUUUUGCCAAGAUUUGGUUGAUUUACUAGCGUUGCAGAAGGCGGGGAAACAGGAGAGGAUCCUUUCAUUGAGAGCUCUCUCGUCAGUUUGUGCAUGUGUUUUUAACGUGUCUUGCAGUGAGUUCUGCGGGGAAAACCUCAGCAGGAGGAAGUUCACGUGGGCAGUGAAAAAGCUGAACGCCAAUAUCCUUUACCUUUGCUUUUCUCAGGUACAGUGAAUGCAAUUUUUCUUUUUUUGUUUAACCUCUCGGGUGGCUUCACACUUUCCCUUCCUCGUCUCAGCGCUUUUUGCCUGACGGAUGUUCUGCUUUCUUCCUCUUCCAGCACGUAAACUUAGACCUCCUGCAUCCUCUGCAUACACUCAGGAACCUGAUGUACCUGGUCAGCCCCGAGACAGAACAUUUGGGAAGGUAAGAGGCAGCUUCCAGCCUCUUUUGCGCCCUGCCAUCACCACCUCUCCCUCCUUGUCCUCUUUCUGUGCCACUUCUAAGCCUGGCACAGCCUUCCCCAUCCCUGUGCCACAAGGAUACUGUUGGGAUACUGCCAGGGAGACAAAGGCCAUCACGCCUCCAUGUCGUCUCCCGGUCUCCCGUGGAAACAGUAUCAGUCAAUUAGCGACACAAGCCUCAGACACAUUCCAGGUCUCGUGCACGCCCUUUUCGCAGAGUUUCCACAACGGAAGAUUCACCCAGGAGAGCAUAUUUUACAGCUUUAUUCAAUGUUGGUAAGAACAAAGGAAAAACAUGACUGCCUGCCUUCGUGUCGAGGCAACAGACAGAAAACGAAAGCUAUAUACAAAAUGGAAACUUCCUGUGAGCAGGAAGUACGCAGGCUUGUGACACACAACAGCCUGCUCCCUUUUUAAGGGAGUCCCCCCUCCCUCUGCUCUCUCAGGGCCUCCUUUCCUAAUUCAUCUUUCCCUGAGCUAUGAAAUGGGACCAUGACAACCGAACAGAGAGCCAAAUUAAGCAACUAAAACUGCCUUAUACUGAACUGGAGCAGCGGUCCACAUAGCCUAGGAGAAUCAGCCCUGGCUGGCAGCAACCCUCUGUGGCUUGGAGGGAAAUCGGCAUCCACAAGCUGAGCCGGACCUUCUACCUGAAGGGGAGACGAAUUUCAGGCCUGGGGGCUGAAUGUAGCCAUCCAAGUCUAUAUCUCUCACCCUGGCUCUCUUUCCAGGCCAUGCCUCCUCUGUAGCCCUGCUCCCCAGCCCCCUUGGGUCCUUUGGCCAGACUGCAAUGUAUCCUUAAUAUGGGGGAGUGUGUCUGCUGUUCACCAUGGUAGAGAUGGAUUAGGUCCUUUUCCCAGCAAGCUUAGUUCGUUUGGUUUCCCUUCAGCUCCCAUCAGAGCAUAAGAGGCUGGGCGAUCCAUUCUGGCCUCAAUGGACACCCUUUUCCUUACUUUUGUUCUUUAAAUUUCGCUGGAGACCUUCCAAAAUACUAUGAGAACCUGGAUUCCUGUCCCUACGCCACAGCUUACAGCAUUAUUAUUAAGUGAUCCACCAGUCAGUUGAAACCCAGGCAGCCCCGAACUCAGCCCUCCAGCUGUUUUGGGACUACAACUCCCAUCAUUCCUAGCUAACAGGACCAGUGGUCAGGGAUGAUGGGAAUUGUAGUCCCAUUGGAGGGCCGAGUUUGGGGGUGCCCGGUUUAAACCUUGUUUUUCUGGAGAGCUUGUAAGUGUAGCAAAGCUCUGCCAUUCUCCUGCAAAAGGUCUCUUUGUUCCUCUUGCCGGUCCCGACUUGCAGGUCGUUUUCCCCGUAAGCAGAGUCCGUUUUUCCGACCGCAGGUCCGGGCCAUUCGAGAUCACCGCCGACCUGGAGGACUCGAUGGAGUUCGUGGACCCCAGCGGCGCCGGCGAAACGGACGAGAGCGGCGACGAACGUGUCAGCGACGAAGAGACGGACCUCGGGACGGACUGGGAGAACCUGCCCAGCCCCCGGUUCUGCGACAUCCCCUCGCAGACGGUGGAGAUGCUUCAGAGCCAGAGCACGCUGGCCUCGCGGGAGCCCAUCGCCAGCAGCAGCGCGGGAGGCAUGAUCUCCUCGGCCGCGGCCUCCGUUACCUCCUGGUUCAAAGCGUACACUGGACAUCGCUAGGGUGACACUCGGACCUCUGUGGGGUGGGGUGGGGAGUUCCUGUCCCACAUCCCGCCCACCAACACUGUAGUAAACCUUCCCAAUUCUGCUAAGUAGUGCCUGGAACAUCAAGGGUCAGACUUCUGAUUGCGUAACACGCUCUCCCCUCUGGAAGAUGCUUUCAAUUUGCCCAAGCUUGACUGCGCGACAGUCACCUUGCAUCUCGUUUUCUCUCGACACGCAUUUUGGAUACCUGAAAAUGGAACUCUGUGCCUCUUCCGAGUCCCACGUGUUCCGCAGAGGGUGAAAGGAGGAGGAUCCUGUCUGUUAACUUCAGUUUCUUUUUUAGUUUAGUCCCUUAAACAAAAAAACAAAAACAAGGAAAUAGAUCUGGGGUUACGUGGCCUGGCAAAUCAUCUUGAAGCAUGAAGACUGAAAGAGAAAACUAUCGUGGCAGUUCUGCCCAGUGCAUGAGGCCACCACAUCCCCUGUGAUUAGUUCCCAGCAGGGUUCUUGGGUUACGUUUGUGUGUGUGUUUCUUCUAAAAGUGUGCACAGGGGAGAAAAUUUGCAGCACAAAAUGCACAUUUGUAGAGCCUUCUGGCAAGAUGUGCAGAUUGCUGCAUUUCUUUGUGGUCUCUGAUCUCCGUUGCCAUAAUUUUAAUACAGAAAACCAUCAUGUUUCUUCAAUAUCAAUAGGUUAUUUAUUUUUUAAGGGGAGAAAAUAGAUGUUAGGUCAUGCCGCCUUUGUGUGAGUGUGCGUGUGUGUGUGCGCGCUCUAUGGAUCCAGUUCCAGAACGUUUUUUAUGCUGAGUCGCUCAAGACUUCCCUGGCUUCUUGCUCUGGCUGCCCGACACCAAAGAAAGCCUGGACCGUAAUAACUUGCCAAUACAGAGCAAUUCUACUGCUACAAUAAGGUUUGCCUCGUCACAAAUCCUCUUUGUGUGCAAAGGAGCCGCACUUUCGUUUUGAAGUUUGGUAUACGUUCCAUGUGGGUUUGUUUUUUUAAGAAAUCCUGUGCUCCUCAUGCUUGAGAGCAACGGGGCUUGUGUUCCUUCUUGGUCAAAAACCCCAUGAAAUCCUCCUGGUUCUUGCAUCCAGUUCGGCUUCUGGUUGGAUAUAGCACGGUGCCCCUCGGACCUCAGCCUGGGUUGAGUUUCUGACUAGGCAGGCUUUUGGCAAUUGGGGUGGGGGCGCGAAUUAGGCUUUUGACAAUGCACCCUUUCCUUGUUCAGCCCCCUAGAGAAAACCAGUCCUGGUUCAGGCACUUAGUGGGUGGGGAUUCUGAGCAUGCAAAUCCAUCUCUCCGUGUAUAAGAGACCGCGUAGGCCCUGUGUGCAUGGAGGCCAAGACUCGGCAAGGAAUGAGUGAGCAAAAGGUGCAAGUCAGGCAGGGCAGGUGGGGAGGGGACAUGUGCCCCCACGCCCCCAUGGAAAUUUGGGCCCGAAUUCACUGGAGAAUACUGAAGUCCAGCAUCCAGUGGCACGAUGUAGCAACCCCCAAUGCGUUACAGAACAAUAAAGGGAGAAGUUGGCUGUGGGUUUCUGUUGCUGCCCUUGCUCUCUUACAACCCCACCGCGGCCUAAAGUGCCAGGUGUGCACCUUGGGGGAGAGGUGCCUCCCUGCCCAUGCCACUGCCAGCAGUGUGAGCCCAAGGAUGCUUUGCUGCCAUGAUUCAGAGUCACGUGGUGCAGUCCUGCGGGCAUCCACUUCUGUGGAAUAGCACACAUGCCGAGACCAAAAUCGUGCCAGGCAAAAGACUCCCUCCUCAGAUAAUGGGCCUGGGCUGACGUGCAUUUCUGCACUUUUACACAGUCUUCAGGAGAGGGUUCCAGCCACUGGUGCUGAAUAUUUGGCUCUUGCUUGUUUCGAUUCUGUGAUGUGUUUCUGCUCUGUUUCUCUGCUCCCACUUUGGCCUGGAGUUGGGUGUCAGUUGGUGGCGUGGGGAACCUUGCUUGGCAGACGUACCUGCGGGAGGUGGGGUUCUGUGCAUUUCUGUUAAUAAACCAAAGAUCCCACCGGUUCAGUGUUUUCAGUUUUAAACUGGUCGGGCGGGAUUUCCCAGCCCGUGAAGACUUAACGUAGAAGAACAGCAGCAAUGUAAUCCAGCCUGCUCCAUCAUCACAGGCUCCCGGUGAGGUUUUGUCCAGCUACAAGAGACUGGAGGGAAACCGGGCUCACUUGUCUUUGCCUCAAAGGAUGCUCAACAUGGGACACUGCCCUGCAAGUCUCUCCUGUGUCCGAAACGAUACGUGUGGAAGGAGGUCCUGUGAAAGAAGGCACUUUAUUAGUUGCAAAGGAGUUAGGCUGCUCAACGCUGGGCUCGUAGCUGCUGGGGUCUCCCAGCUGGCCCUGGGCCCUUUCCCCCUUGUAAAUAUAACUCUGUUCCCUCCCCUGCCCCAUGUGUUUCAUCCAUUCUGCUGCUUAUUUAUGGUUUGUUUAAAAAAGAAGAGAGGGGAAACCCUCUUAAUAGGAAAUGCCAGUAAACCACAAACCUUUUGUCAGUCCCGAUUUCUUUGUCUUAAAACGAUGCCUCUCUGGCGCUGUAGCGUAGCAUCCACUCGGAAUUCACAAAGGUGCGCCCCAAGGAUUGUAAUAUGUUAGGGUGUCAAAUCCUUUCCAGAAACACUUUUUUUUUUUUUUUUUGGUAACAAUGGUUUUUUCCCCCGGUUGGUUUUUGUUUUAUAUGUAUAUAUAAAUAGAUAUACACACACAUAUAUAAAAAAAAUGUUUUUACACAUAUAUAGCUAUGUGGAGAAACUGGGAGUGUGUGCCCAAAACUUUAGUGCAAUUGAGGUGUGAUUGUGUUCUGCUUGAAUGGCGAGGAGCAGAGAGGCUCCCCAUUAGCCGACUGUUGUGGGUGAAGACAACCGGCUGAGCAUCUUGCGGGUCAUAAUUGUGGCGCCACAGAGGCAAGGCAAGGCUGCGCAUUUAGGGUCAGUGGCCUCAAAGGAUACCGAGCGAAGCUUCUGAAAUGAGGACUGCUCUCCACCCUCCGAGGGGGAUUUAUGUUUGAAGGUCUCCAACCCCUGGCUGCCUUUUCAGCAAACCUUGCGCCACUUGCCCCACUAGGAAGGGUUGUAACCUAACAGGUGCGUGUGUUUUUCUAAAAAUUUAUUGUAUUAUUGCAAUAAAUCUUUUAACAGGAGUUUUCCU